GAAAAUUGUUCACUAAUAUUCAUCUUCUUCGUGUCUAUACUUUCGCUACCAAAAGUGUAUACAUAUAGACGUCGUCUCCUGAUGGAACCUUGUAAAUGUCAGGACUUGAGGCAACAAUGCACAGAAGAGUGUGUGUUGGCACCUUACUUGCAACCUAACAAACCGGAGAAGUACGCUUCCUUGUCUACGGUGUUUGACAUUAGCCGUGUGGCUAGAUAUCUCAUGGAUAUUGAACCUAGCCAGAGGCAAGCAUGCGUUGACUCGUUCUGUUUCGAGGCAGAAGCCCGUUUGUGCGACCCAAUUAGGGGCAGCACUGGUUUGAUUCACCUCCUCAAGCGUCAAGUUCAAGACCUUGAGCUUCAUUUGAAAAUGGCCAAGAGGGACUUACAAGAGAUCCUCCAACGAAAUCGUAUGGCACGGCCACAAGACCAUCAAAAUUCAUUUGUAAGAUCACCUCUUUGAGGCAUCUAACUAGUACUUUGGUUAUUAUUUGGAUUUGGAUUUCAAUUGCUGAAGUUGUGUUAUCUUGUUUCGAUUUUAGUUGUUUUUAAUACUUAAAUCUCGAGAUCAGAGUUUUUAUGGAUUAGAUAAGCAAAUGUCAAUUAUUUAUUUUUUCUUUUAGUUUUUGGUAAAGCCUUAAUUGUAUAAUAAUAGGGGUUUUCAUGA